GCAGGUAUUUGGUGUUUUUUUUUUUAAGUGUUUAAUCGAACUGUAGUUUUAAUUAUGAUCUUUUACGACAACUACUUACCAUGAUGAAGUUUCAACAGGCCCCUCCGUCUUUGGUCUCAUGCUCGACUGACGAGUCACAAGUUGCGCCUUUUGCCCCGCGGGGCGUUUCUGUUUCUCCCCUCAGAGUCUGACCGCGGAUCACACGCGUCCGUGAUCGGCUCCGUCUCACACAGACAUGGAGAACCAUCACCUGAAGGAACACUUGUAUAAAAUCCUGGUGAUCGGGGAUCUUGGUGUGGGGAAAACCAGUAUUAUCAAGCGAUACGUGCACCAGAACUUUUCACCAAACUACCGCGCGACGAUCGGCGUGGAUUUCGCGCUCAAAGUUCUCAGCCUCGACCAGGAGACCGUCAGACUACAACUCUGGGACAUCGCUGGCCAGGAGCGUUUCGGGAACAUGACGCGGGUGUAUUAUCGAGAGGCCAUGGGAGCCUUCAUUGUUUUUGACGUCACCCGGCCAUCGACGUUUGAAGCAGUGACGAAGUGGAAGGAGGAUCUUGACGCCAAGUUGAGUUUAUCCAAUGGCAAACACGUUGCCACUGUGCUGCUCGCCAACAAGUGCGAUCAGGGCAGAGAUGUUCUCACUAACAAUGGCAUCAAAAUGGAGCAGUUCUGCCAGGAGAACGGCUUUGUGGGAUGGUUUGAAACUUCAGCCAAGGAGAAUAUUAAUAUAGAUGAGGCUGCACACUGUCUGGUGAAGCACAUUAUAGCUAAUGAGAAUGAUCUGCUGCAGUCCGAGGUUGCAGACACCAUCUCGCCGCAGCAGGAGUCCAGCCGCGGAGGAACCUGCUCGGCGUGUUUCAGGUCCUGAAGAAGAUCUCCAGAGGGACUCUGAGGAGCGCUUCUCCACACAACCUCAUCCUGGCUCUUUCAAGUCUUUCCAUCACUUGUCUUCUCUUCUGAUCUCAUCUCAUUCACAUCUCCUGUCGUCUCUGUUUAUCUGUGUCAGCGCCGGAGAGGCGACCCUGGCGCCGUGUCUCAGUUUCCAUGGUAACAAGACUUAUCGAACACUCUGCAGAGCAGAAAACGUUUUUAAGAGAAAGCAGUGAGAAAUCCAUCUGCAGAACUUCAUAAGAACUUCAGGUUCCUGCAGCAUCAAAACCACAAAGGGCCAAUGCUGUAUUGAACUAUCCAAUUUUCAUUUUAUGAUAAUUUUACUGACCUGCUUUGCUUUUAAUUAAUAUUUUUACUUACUAACAGAAAUGGGCUUAAUGAGCAAGACCAAAGCAUAA